AUGUGGGUUUACAAUGUAGUUUUCAUCAUCAUACUGUUUGAAGGCCUGUGGUUUGCAGAGUUCAAGAGUGUUGACUCACAUUGCAUGUUGGCUAGAGAAAUCAUAAAUAGAUAUAUUUCCCGCCCCCCUGAACCUAAUCAGGUGGUUAAUUUGUGCAGAGGAAACGGCGGAUCUGAGUCUAUUGACUGCUGUAAUGAGGGUCCUCUGAAAAACAUUGUGUCUAUUGGCGCAUUCGAAUUCACUAAGCACUGGCGCAUAUUCUGGCUUAACAUAAGUCAGAAUUUAAGAGAAGAUGCUCAUUAUCUGAAAGACUAUAUGUUAGGGAGUUUGAAACUAACAUUGCAAAGUUUCCAUCAUCUCUUUGUAAACUCAUACGGAUAUAACUAUGAUCAAAACAAGGAUUUCGUUGAGGCAUUUUUCCGUGAACUGGAAAGUUACAUGCUGGGAAACCGGCAAAAUAUAGCGUCGUUGGUUGAUGACUUUUUCGAUGGCCUGUUAAUUCGUGCACUCCGUGUAAUGCUGUUUGUAAAAACUGAACGGGAUAGUAUUGUAGCCGACUGCGUUGCAUCCAAGUUAAGACCUAUGAAGCCAUUUGAUCAAGCGCCCGAAAUAAUAAGAGCUAUGGCAACUCGCGCAUUUCCUCCUUCCAGGAUUCUUAGGAAUGGUCUUCUUUUAGGAGAUCGUGUGGUUCAGGUUUUAUCAAAGGUAGCAGUAAAUGAUAGUUGUAUAAAUGAAUGGAUUAAACUACGUUACUGUAAUUUAUGUUCAGGAGUAAUCCAACCUCUCAUUUGUCGACAUAGUUGUUUUAGUCGUUUGUCCACAUGUUUUUUGUUAUGGACUGCUUUUGAUAAAUACUGGCUAUCAUUCAUUGAUCAGAUUGUUCGUGUUGCUGAACGUUUAAAAAACUCCAAAAUUUUCCCCCAGGUUAUUCGACCAUUACAAAUACAUAUAUCUGAUGCUAUUAUGAAUCUUCAAACUAUACUCUUUCGACUGGAUCAAUCUGAUGAAUUUUUCAAUGACUGUUUAUUAGAAAACUCAAAAGAGCAUCAGUCAUUUCUUCCCAGGACUGAUUAUAGGCAACGACGACAACAGGAGUUUGUAUUUGUUGAUCAUGAUGUCGUAAGUCAGGAUUACAAACAUCCUUAUGUUUAUGGCAAUUAUGAUAUGCUGAAAUCAUGGGCGGACAGUAUUCAUAACAAGUAUCUCCCGGUACGCAAACCAUUUUCUACCAUUAUCAAGUAUUUUUGUAGUGAGGAUCUUCUACGUGUUUCAAAGGAAAAUAAUGAUUAUUUAUGUUGGACAGGUGAUAGAUUAAUACCUACAUCAAAUAUAACCGUAAAUCUGAUCGAAAAUGAAUCAUUUCUUAAAAUACAUCCUAUGGCUGUCCGUGUCAUUAAAGAUUUACAAUACAUAACUGAAAUUAUGCAAUCUGUAAUUCAAAAUAAUUCUGAUCCUAAUUAUGUGCCAAUUGAAGGGGAAAAUAGAAUUCAGUCUAUAGAUAACAUAACUGUCUUCCUUCCAUUGCCGAGUUAUCCGACAACAAACCCAGGUUCAAACCUAACAACUUUAAGCUAUUUAGAAUCUCUGAGUAAAAUACAUUCUCCAUCCUUACCAAAUCAUGUCAAAAAACCAUUUCAAUUUGAUGAAAAUCAUAUUAAAACUUCUCGUUUUUCAAUCAGAAAACAAAUGAAAACUAAUAAAGUAACAUAUUUUAAUCCUCCUCAUAAUUUAUGGUUACCAUCAGCUAAUAUACCAUCAUUUAAUUAUCAACGAAAAAUUAUUUGGACAUUUAAUUCUAAUAAAAGUUCAAACUGUGUGCUACUUUUUUUAUCCUGGUCCUACUCCUGA